GCAAGCCGCAAGCCGCAAGCCGCAAUCCGCACGCCGCAAUCCCCGAGGUCCACCGCCGAGUCCCGGGCCCAACAAUGGCGUAAAAGAUGACAGGACACAGACCAAGGGUUGAACCUAGCCGAGGGCGAUCCCGAUGGCGUAGUUGCAUUGCCCGGCGCCGGAGGUAUUGUUCUUUGUGGUUACUAUCCACAUCCGCACCCUGGUAUAUCCGGCCGGCCCCAUCAUGCGCGCCCGCGGUCUUCCUAGUGUUGGUCCGUGGUCAGCUUGGUAGGGUUUUCUUAGUGUCAGGCCACUGCCGUUCGUCUGUGUUUGUUUGCCACUCUGAUGUCACUCAAAACCGGGCUUCAUUUGUCGCAAUGGCCGACAGAAUCCAUGUCGGCGCGUGUUCUUGGGCUAAGCGAGGAAUUAACACCUGGCUUAGGAGAAACCAAGUCCGGAGCCGAAACGGCGCGACUGGCCCGUUGAAACUUGGAACCCGGGGAAACAAAACGUCAUGCAUACUCCUUCGAGAUGGCGAUGCAACGUCGACGUCUUAGAAGGCAACGGCCCUUCCUCUUUGAGCUAUAGCAACUGCGCGUUCUCCCAACUAGGACGCCCGAGCUGAUCGGUGAUCCGGAAGACGACGAGUACAGUUUCCCACUCCUUACAGCCGACGCUUGAGAGACCAAGCGGGUCCCUCUCGUGCUCUCGCCUCGCGUUGUGUGAGACCUACAUCGUAUUCAAAACCUUGAGGUUUGCUUUUCCCACCAGGGCCAAUACUGCAGCUCGUUCCCUUUGGAAGACCU